AAGCCGGGCCGGGGGCGGGGCAGGCUGCAAGAGUGUGGAGCGCGCGGGUGACAGGUGCGCGGAGCCGAGGGUAGCGGCGGAGGUCUGUGACCUGACGGGAAGAGACAAGGUGGCGGCGAUGCUGGAGACCCUGCGCGAGCGGCUGCUGAGCGUGCAGCAGGAUUUCACCUCCGGGUUGAAGACUUUAAGUGACAAAUCAAGAGAGGCUAAAGUAAAAAGCAAACCAAGGACUGUUUCAUAUUUGCCAAAAUACUCUGCUGGAUUAGAAUUACUUAGCAGGUAUGAAGAUACAUGGGCUGCACUUCACAGAAGAGCCAAGGAAUGUGCAAGUGCUGGAGAGCUGGUGGACAGCGAGGUGGUUAUGCUUUCAGCACACUGGGAAAAAAAGAAGACAAGCCUAGUAGAGUUACAGGAGCAGCUUCAGCAGCUUCCAGGUUUGAUAGCGGAUUUAGAGUCCAUGACAGUAAAUUUGACUUAUUUAGAAACAAGUUUUGAGGAGGUAGAAAACCACCUGCUGAAUCUGGAGGAUUUAUGUGCACAGUGUGAAUUGGAAAGACACAAACAUACGCAGUGCCAGCAACUGGAAAAUUACAAGAAAAAUAAGAGGAAGGAACUUGAAACCUUCAAAGCUGAACUAGAUGCAGAGCACAGCCGGAAGGUCCUGGAGAUGGAGCAUACCCAGCAAAUGAAGCUGAAGGAGCGGCAGAAGUUUUUUGAGGAAGCCUUCCAGCAGGACAUGGAGCAGUACCUUUCCACAGGUUACCUGCAGAUAGCAGAGAGGCGAGAGCCCAUGGGCAGCAUGUCGUCCAUGGAGGUAAACAUCGACAUGCUGGAGCAGAUGGAUCUGAUGGAUAUAUCCGACCAGGAAGCCCUGGAUGUCUUUUUAAAUUCAGGUGGAGAAGACAAUGCCGUGCUGUCCCCUGUCUUAGGGCCUGAAUUAAGUACUGGUCAGAAUGAAAUUACUCUUCAGGUUGCAAAUCCCUCUGAACUGCAAGCCCAGUCACCUUCCUCAUACUCCACCUGCACUGAUCCAGCCACCCAGGACCCCAGUGAAGGCGGAGAGUCCCCCGUCGUUCAGUCUGACGAGGAGGGAGUUGAGGUGGACACUGCCCUUGUCACCUUACACACCGACGACAGUGACUCCUAAACCCGGGCAUCGCAUUCUCUGGGCACCUUUGCAGGAAGACUCAGCCAUACGCAGAAUCCCUCAGUGAAGGCAGGUUGUUUCAUGGAGGCUCUUAAUUUUCACACAUUUGCCAGUAAUUUGGGAGAAACAGACUGAAGGAAGAGCUAAUAAAGUUUGAGGACUUCAAACUAAGAGAGUGCACGGGCAGUUUGUUCAGAAAGACAUCUAAACACACACACUCUUCAGGCUUUAGCAUGCAGGAGGGCAACUCGGCCCACCACGGCCAAGGCUUUGCUUCAGCUUGUCCUCUCACCCCUCCCCGCCUCCCUGCAUGGGGCAAGGCUGGGCCUCGAAGUAUAGUCUCCACACUGGCUCAUCGCUGAAGAAAAAAGCCCUUCACAAAUGGAAUUCUGUUCCCUUUAAAAUAGAACUGUAAACAAAUUCAGCUCUAAUAAAACUUGGGUUCUCA